AUGCAGCCAUCUGACCCAACCCAGACUUUGGAUCAGGAGUCGGAAACUGCAGACUCCCUCUGUAUAGGUCGCGGUAGCUUUGCCGCCAUAUAUGUGAUACCCAUCCUCGGUUCUCCAGUCGCAUACAAGCAGAUCCAUCAUGGCGACGUCGACUCUGAUGCCCUUAUGCGUGAAUAUAGCGCCCUCGAGAAAAUAUACCUUACUUGCGACACAGAUUCACUCUUUGCGAUUCCCCGUGCACUCGCCUUCUUCAAUCCCAACACGGCACAAUUAUUGUCUCCGUCGCCUUCCCCGCCUUCCCUGUGGCGUCGCCACGAACGUCCUUUGGUCACGCCGGCUGCAUUCCGACCGUUCACGCGCACAACCUAUGCUAUGGAUAGAGUCUUUGCUGUACCCUUGGACGCCGCUCAGGUCAUCAGAGAACAUUUCUACCCUCCUGCCGCCGCCUCUAUUCAUACUGGGCCAACCUUGUGCAGACUGUAUUUUGGCAAGAACUUUGCCAACGCUCCCCCAUCUCGAUUCGUUAACACCGCCAACUUUCCUCUUGACGUAGUGAGGUAUCGCCUUAUGACGGAACAGCUGCCGGGUCUGCAGACAGUGGAAGAAGUUGCCUUUGGCAUGGGGGAAAUGUUAGGCCGUCUACACUGGCGUGGUGGCUAUGAUGCUCGAGAUGUGGAGUUUGUGCUUGGGGGCGAUGGAAUCAGUGGCUUCCGUUAUUUCGUCAUUGAUUUCAACCAGCUACGUACCUGGCAAAAAACUACUGAAGAGGUCGGAGCCCUAGUCUCGUCAUUCUUCAGCAACGAUCCGUAUUACCCUCGUCCCAGACCCUCAGACCCCCUCUACGUUGCGUUCAAGAACGGUUACUUAUCCGCGUACCCUACCCAGCCUGACUGCCACCGUGUUGCCACCACAUUCCUUCAUGAUAUUGAAGUUGAGCAAGCUCAGCGCGACGCGGCUGCAUCUGACACCGCGUAG